AUUCGAUCCGCUCUACAUCCGCACCUUACCCGCGCUGCUUCCGCCCUGAAACGGCUGCUCCGGUUCCCCACACUACCGCUCUCCAUGCGCAGAGCAACAACAAGAGCAGGGGCAGCAGCGGGGGUGAAUGCGACGAUGGUAAAGAGAGAGGGCAUGGCGUCGGGAACUUUUGAAUCGACUCAAAAGGCAGCAGCGCUGGGAGCGAAUGCGACGGUAAAGGGAGUGGGCGUGCCGUCAGAAGCGGGGAGCACUGCUAUCGACCUCGUGUCUGUCAUGCCCACUAGCACCGACCCCUCUCCCCUCAAGUCGUUCUCCCACUGGCCCCUCUCCAGCGCCCACCCGCUCCUCACAGCCGGCUCAGCUCGCCGCAAGGCCUCCUCGCUCUCCCUCACCACGCUCUCCGACCUGAAUGCUGAAUCCCUCGCGCUGCACCCCGCCCCCUUCGCCCUGCUCGCCCCUGCCACGCCCACCUCCCCCUGCCGCCCCUUCUCCUUCUCCACCUCCUUCACCUUCCGCAUCUCCUCCCCCAACGCCGCGGGGCUGGGCGGUGAGGGCUUGGCGUUUGUGAUGCUGCCGACGCCCACGCUCGGCCUGCCGGGGCCGUCCCUGGGCUACGGGCGCCUGCUGCUGCCCCCGGGGAGCACGUCUAGUGCUGUUGAUGGUUCAAGUGUCAGCAGCGCAGCAGUGUCAUCGCAGCAGCGGAGUCUGGCAGUGGAGUUUGACACGUGCGCCUCCCCCGAGUUCUGGGACCGGCAGGAGCACCACGUGGGGGUGAACGUGGAUGGCAGCAUGCUCUCUCUCGCCUCUGCCCCCGUGCACCCCGUCGGCAUCCCCUCCCUCAACGCCGGUCAAACCCUCCUCGCCACCAUCCAAUACAACGCCUCCUCCUCCCAGCUCACCGUCUGGCUCUCCCCCGCCCCACCCUCCUCCGCUCCCCGCUCGUCCCCUCGCCCCACCCCUUGCUUCCCUCGCUUCCCUGGUUUCCCUCUGUUGCCUCCCUGCUCCUCCUCCUCCUCCUCCUCUUCCUCUUCCUCCUCUGCCUCCCCCCCUCCUCUCCCUCGCUCUGCCGUCCUCACCACAUUCCUCGACACCUGCGAGUGGCUCGGGGGGAACGACCCGGAAGCAGCAGCAGCAGCGCCGCCCCCGCCGCUGUUUGUGGGCUUCACAGCGGCUACGGGCAAGGGGGCGGAGCAGGCGCAGGCGCACGAGGUGCUGGGGUGGAGUUUCCAAGUCGGGGAAGCAGCGGAGGAUCCGCUUUCGUUUUGGGCGGCAGACUCGUUCUCCUUCCCCUACAUCACGCCAGCCACUCCCCUGCUGACACGUGGCAACACAAGGAAGCGUUUCUUUGCCGCCGACCUCUCUGUCGCUGCCGACGUGGCAUCCACCAGCCAAUCAGACGACCCCGCCCCUGGAGCCAUCUUCUUCCCUCGCCGUCUCCCCCUCCUCUACCCCUCCUCCUCCCCUCCCUUCCCUCCUCCUUUUCCUCGUCCUCGCAAAUCCCCCCUCUCGUCUCCUUCCUCCUCCCUUCCCCAGCCCUCAGCCACCGAACCUCUCACCGAACCUCCCGCCUGCAUGGCCCGCUCUUUCACCUUCACAUACGGCUUCUCCAUAAAUGUAUCCGCGUCUCAAGGUCUCGCAUUCGUUAUAACCACACAUGCGAGCGUGGGCCUAGGCGGGGUUUAUAUGGGGUACGGCCGGGACCCGUCCUCGCGACUCGCUAAUGGAAGCUGGCCGGACGGCGCGCGGAGUGUAGCUGUGUUAUGGCGCACUGUAACAAACUCAGAAGGCGAUAGAAAUGUUGUACAGGUCGGCAUUAACACUGAUUUCAACAUGACAUCGGUUUUCGCAAAGGAAUCGCCUUAUGCGAUGGAGCCCGAGGAGGUGUGGCAGAUGAGGGUUGACUAUAACGGGAGCAGCAAGGAGAUGGUGCUUCGAUGGUACCGGCCCCCUUUUCUAAGAGGGAUCAUGAGGGCCUCUAUCGACCUGUGUGCUGCUCUCAGUGGGGUCUCUGACACCAGUGGCAGCAGCGGUGUGACGGACCCAGCAUCGCCAUCCUUCGGGCAGCUGUUCGUUGGGUUCACCAGCGCUGCUCUCCCUCCUCCUCCUGGCCGCCUGCCGUCCCCCGUCACCCUCUUCUCCUGGACCUUCAGAUUUACAGACACUGACCCCUGCACAGGUUCUCCAGUGCUGCCCUGUGGAACGGGCGUGUGCAGCAAGGCGCCUGCCCCGUGGGACCCGUCUAUCCUCGUGCCCUCCUGCAAGUGCCCCUUCAACCUCCCCUCCUUCGAACCCUCUCACCUCUCCGGCCUGCCCUCCUGCUUCCCCGAUUCCUUCAGGUGUCGCCAUUUCCUUCGCAACCCGUGUGCACCGGGGGUGUGCAUUGAUGACAUAGACAGCUCCUACUCCUGCCUCUGCCCCUCGCCCUUCUUCGCCUUCUACUUCUACUCGAAAGGCUCUGCUCGCUGUUACCAAUUGCGAUCGUUUGAGCUGCGAAUGCCCACCUUCCUGUCUCCCUACGGCCUCACAUGCCCUCUCAUCCUCAACACUUACGGACUCACCCAAGCGGCCUUCUUCAGCCAAAACAAGGGCUUCAAGUGCCGAGCGCCCAUCCCUGUGGAAACUCUAAUCAACAUCACCAGCCGGGCUUACUCCCAAUGCACUUCCAUGUACACUGCUAAUUAUGGUGACUCGUGUGACUCCCUCAACGCACUCUUCUCCACGCGCAUACAGCCGCUCAACCCCGCCCUCAGCUGCUCUGAUGGGCCCAGGCCCGGCCAGCUCCUCUGCGUAAACUUCAACCGGACGUGGCUAGAGUUGGAAAAAACCCGCGUAGCAUGCCAACUCGCUGUCCAAAUCACCCCAGCCACACCGCCUCCGAGCCCUCAGCCGCCCCCUCCCCUAGUCGACUACAUGAACCAAGGCGCGCUCGUGAGGGUGCUCCAGGGCCCGCAGUCCUGCCAGCAGCUGUGGCGGGCGUUUGGCAUCGCCUCCCCCACGCGCUUCUUCCAGAUGAAUCCCGGCCUCUCAUGCGACUCCUUGCUGCCUUACAGCCCCACGCAGGGCAAUGUGAUUAGUCGGAUUUGUGUGGCUGCUGUUGACGCCCGGCCACUCUCUGGCGUUUCGUGUUCGACCAAGCGCAUGUACAGUGUGAAGCGCGGAGACACAUGCGGCAUGCUGAUUCAUCGGUCUAAUAUCGGACUGCAUUGA